UAGGCCAGAACAUAACUACCCUCUUUAAAACGAAAUUAACGGUCUUUACCACAACCGAAAUGGCAGCAACAUAGCUACUGGGCACGGCUACUUUUUCAGGGCCUAAAUUUCAAAGCUCCAUCUUAUCUGAAAUGGCAGCAACACUUUCUGUUCAACUCACCUACUUCAACAACUCCAACUCACCCCAAAACGCUUGGCAUAAACAUGUCAAAACGGCAAGAACAAACCGAAACUCCAGGAUAGUAAACAAGCAAAAAGUCUCGAAAUUUGGUUCAUUCAAUAGGACCCAAUUGAAUACUGUAAAAGCUUUGGUUGAACCUGAACCAAGCACUCGCUCGCUCACACGGGCUCUUUGUAAUAUUGUUGAUUCUGGGUGUAUGGAAAAUGCACUCUACCUGUUUGAGAAAAUGAUUCAGUUGGAUACAUAUAUCCGGAAUACGUAUAUCUGGAAUGUUAUGAUUAGAGGGUGUACCAAUAAUGGGUUGUUUAGAGAGGCGGUUGAUUUUUAUUGUAGGAUGGGUUUUGAAGGGGUUCGAGGUGAUAAUUUUACUUACCCGUUUGUGAUCAAGUCGUGUACAGGGUUGUUGUCCUUGAUGGAAGGGCAGAAGGUUCAUGCGAAGUUGUUUAAGAUUGGUUUGGAUUUGGAUGUCUAUGUUUGUAAUUCCCUUAUUGUUAUGUAUGCGAAGAUGGGGUAUAUUGAGUUCGCUGAGAGGGUGUUUCGAGAAAUGCCAGUUAGGGACUUGGUAUCUUGGAAUUCUAUGAUUAGUGGAUAUGUUGCCUCUGGGGAUGGUUGUAGCUCAUUGAUGUGUUUCUACGAGAUGCAGGCUCUUGGGAUGAAGCCUGAUAGGUUCAGCAUGAUCAGUGCACUUGGUGCUUGCUCUCUUGAGUAUCGUCUGCACUGUGGGAAGGAGAUUCAUUGCCAAGUGCUGAAAUGUGGGUUUGAACUGGAUGUUAUGGUUCAGACAUCAAUUAUUAACAUGUAUGGAAAAUGUGGUAGGAUGGAUUAUGCAGAGAGGUUGUUUGACAGGAUAUCUCCAAGAAAUGUGGUGGCUUGGAAUGCAAUGAUUGGUGGUUACGCUCUAAGUUCUCGUUUUCUUGAGUCAUUGUCUUUCUUGAGAAAGAUGCAAGAUGGUGAUAAAUUGAACCCAGAUAUAAUCACAAUGAUAAACAUGCUUCCCUCUUGUGCACAAUUACAAGCUCUCUUGGAGGGUAAAUCUGUCCAUGGUUAUGCCAUUAGAAAAGGUUUUCUCCCUCAUCCAGUCUUGGAAACUGCUUUAGUUGACAUGUAUGGAGAAUGCGGGAAGUUGGAUAUGGCAGAGCGUGUAUAUGGUCAGAUGACUGAAAAAAACCUGAUUUCAUGGAAUGCCAUGCUUGCUGCUUAUGUACAGAAUGGGUGGAACAAUAAAGCCUUGGUUUUGUUUCAGGAUAUUUGGCACCAGCCUUUUAAACCAGAUGCAUUUACAUUUGCAAGCAUUCUACCUGCCUAUUCCGAAUCAGCCUCAUUGCAAGAGGGGAAGCAAAUCCAUGGUUUUAUUAUGAAGUCGGAGCUUGGCACAAAUACUUUCAUCUUGAAUUCAAUUGUUUACAUGUAUGCAAAAUGUGGGGAUAUAGGGGCUGCACGGGAAGUUUUUGAUCGCAUGCUGCAUAGGGAUGUAAUAUCAUGGAACACAAUCAUUAUGGCAUAUGCCAUCCAUGGGUUUGGUAGAUUUUCUGUUCAAUUGUUUUCUGAAAUGAAGGAAAAGGGCUUCAAACCUAAUGAGAGCACCUUUGUGUCCCUGUUAUCAUCUUGUAGCAUUUCUGGCAUGGUUGAAGAAGGGUGGGAAUACUACAAUUCAAUGAAGAGGGACUACAGUAUAGAUCCCGGAAUAGAGCACUAUGGCUGUAUGCUUGACCUUAUUGGGCGCACCGGCAAUCUUGAGCUAGCCAAGAUAUUCAUUGAUGAAAUUUCAUUGUUCCCUACAGCUAGGAUAUGGGGAUCAUUACUGACUGCAAGCAGAAACAAUCAAAAGAUAGAAUUAGCUGAACUUUCAGCUAGACACAUCUUAUCCUUGGAGCAUGAUAAUACUGGGUGCUAUGUCUUGCUUUCUAAUAUGUAUGCUGAAGCUGGGCGGUGGGAAGAUGUGGAGCGGCUUAAAUGUCUUAUGAUAAAAGAAGGGUUAGAGAAAACAAAGGGGUGUAGUGUGGUUGAAAUCAAUUCUAGAACUUGCAGGUUUGUCAACAAUGACAGUUCACAUGCUGAAACAAACAUGAUUUAUGAUGUAUUAGAUAUUAUCAUGAGGAAGAUAGGAGAAGACAUUUUUGUUCAUAGUCUUACCAAGUUCAGACCUUUAGAUUUGAGGAAGAACAGAGCAAACUCACCCCAGAAACAUAGUGUGAGAUUGGCUAUUUCUUUUGGCUUGAUAUCCACUACGAUUGGAAGCCCCAUUCUUGUAAGGAAAAACACUAGAAUAUGUGAAGAUUGCCACAUUGUAGCAAAGAAGAUUUCCGAGAUCACUAGAAGGGAAAUAAUAGUGGGGGAUUCAAAGGUCUUUCACCACUUCAGGGAUGGGCAUUGCUCAUGUCGGGAUUAUUGGUGACCCCCAGUUUAUAGGAACACUAGGAAAAAUUGUAAAACAAACCUUGCUAGAUAUGUUGUAUUAGCAUAAUGAGGCUAAAGAUCUACCUGACAAUGUAUAUAUUACUUAAGACAUUUAAU